AGGGGGCAGAAGGAAAAAAAGGGGAGGCAGUGUCUGCACUCCGGAAGGGAGGAGUCAGGCACAGGGAAAGGGCAGCUGGAGCUCCACACUUAAAAUCUUCUUUACCCGAGAAACUCUUCAUUUACAGUCUUUACCGCAAUAAACAUUUAUGAAUUGACGAGUUUUGUGUUUAGGCUUCAGGUAUGUAGCCAAAGACCGGGCGCUAAUUAUGUGCUGGACUGCCCCUGCCAAUCGCACGUAGAACAAAAAGAGAAGACAAGGGAAAAAGAAAAGUCGGCAGAGCAAUUUUGGAGUUUAAAGUAAAGAAGUUAAGAGCCUCUGUCUGCAACUAGCGUCGAGAGGAAGUCUGAGGAGAGGACAGAAAAGUUUCGCAACUGAACGAGUAUCCUGUCUUAACGAGGUACUGAGGAAUGCCCAGUUGUCAUGGAAACCCAGUCACAGACCAUUUCUGCAGCAGAGAAGAGGAAGAAAGUGGAGACCACUGUAGCCACCAAGAGCGCACCCACCCGUGCAGACAUUAGUGAGAAGGCCGUGGCCUCCAGCACUACCUCCAAUGAGGAUGACAGUUCACGUUCCCCAUAUCUUCGUGAGAGGCGUAAUGCCAUCAGUGGGCAGGCCAUGGUUCUGGGCCUAUCAGGAAAACUGAGUGAGGAACCAUCCACCUCUACAGAAGACCGCCCGCCAUUAGUGAAGAAAGAGCUUCAUAGCUCUCUGCCCCACCUGGUGGACUACACCCUCCCCUAUCGGGGGACACUGUUUGCCAUGGACCCUCGCAAUGGAUACCUGGACCCUCACUAUACUACACCUCAGUUCUUUCCUGGUUUUCAUCCUCCAGUACCAAUCGAUGAUAGACACACACAAGGCCGAUACAUUUAUGAACCCUCGCCAGUACCUCCGCUACACGUGACUCCUGCACUGGCGGCCAGCCCGGCAUUUUCUGAUAUCUCCCUCAUCCGGAUCUCACCACACCGGAACCCUUCAGUGGGGGCGGAGUCACCCUUUAACCCCCCACAUCCAUACAUUAAUCCCUACAUGGACUAUAUCCGCUCACUCCAUAGCAGUCCCUCUCUGUCCAUGAUCUCUGCGGCCAGGGGCCUUAGUCCCACAGGUGCACCCCAUGCCAGUUUGACCACAGCAGAGUAUUACCACCAGAUGGCCCUACUUGCAGGUCACCGCAGCCCAUACACUGACAUCAUUCCUUCAGUGGCAUCCACAUCAGGACCUGCAAGCAAUGUCCUGCAUAUGGAGUACCUGCAGGCUAUGGAAACUUCACGAUUUCCAAGUCCUAGGCUAACAAAUCGGCCCAGCAGAAAACGACCCCUUCCCAGCUCCCCUUCCCUGUCUGACCCCAGUUUUGACCUGCAGGCCAUGAUUCGCACCUCGCCCAACUCUCUAGUCACUAUACUAAAUAAUUCCCGCUCCAGCUCAUCCACCAGUGGAUCCUAUGGACACCUCUCAGCUGGUACUAUCAGCCCUGCAUUGAGUUUUGCUUAUCCUCAGACAUCUGUGGCACUGCAAAUGCAUCAGCAGCUGAUCAGUCGGCAGCCGGGCAUUGUAGGUUCUGCAUUUGGACACAGUCCGCCCCUUGUGCACCCUGCUCCUAUCUUUGCCACCCAGAGACCUGCUCCUGACAUCCCUCCCUCCAGUAUGCCACCUACAGAAUGUUCCAUUGCCUCAAAUGACUCACAGAGUAAACCCACCAGUGAGUCGGCUGUGAGUAGCACAGGGGACCCCAUGCAUCACAAACGCUCCAAACUCAAACCAGAUGAGGAGCCGCACAGCCCCAGAGCUGUUAACGUGCAGGAGCAUACAGAUGGAAUGACGCUGGUGAAAGAGGAGGUUGAUAAAGAGGAGGGCAAGCAGGAGCCGGAGGUGGUGUAUGAGACCAACUGCCACUGGGAGGGUUGCUCCAGGGAAUUUGACACCCAAGAGCAGCUUGUGCAUCACAUAAAUAAUGAUCACAUCCAUGGAGAAAAGAAGGAGUUUGUGUGUCGCUGGGAAGAAUGUUCAAGAGAGCAGAAACCCUUUAAAGCCCAGUACAUGCUGGUAGUGCACAUGCGCAGACAUACAGGAGAGAAGCCUCAUAAAUGCACGUUUGAAGGCUGUUCGAAGGCCUACUCCAGACUGGAGAACCUGAAGACACAUUUGCGCUCACACACAGGAGAGAAACCGUAUGUGUGUGAACAUGAAGGCUGCAACAAAGCCUUUUCCAAUGCAUCAGACCGAGCCAAACACCAGAAUCGCACACAUUCCAAUGAGAAACCCUAUGUGUGUAAAAUCCCUGGUUGCACUAAACGAUACACUGAUCCCAGCUCUUUACGGAAACAUGUUAAGACUGUACAUGGUCCUGAAGCACAUGUUACCAAGAAACAGCGUGGAGAUGCAUACCCGCGUCCCCCACCUCAGCCCCGAGAACCUGGAGGAAAUGGACAAGGUCAGUCACCAGGACAGCUGCCUCUCAGAGCGAUCACUGACCAAAGGGAGUAUAACCAUGCUGCCUCAAAACAGGACGAAUGUCUUCAAGUCAAGUCAAUCAAAACAGAGAAGCCCAUGACGUCUGAGCCAAGCACUGGCAGUCAGUCUUCAUGCAGCUGUGACCAGUCCAUCGGCGGCCCCCAUAUCGGCCGUGGAGUCCAGCUUGCUGUGAACAGCAUUGGGCUUGCGGGGGAGGAGGCAGUUCUUAAGGACCAGGAAAAUGAAAAGGAGGAUGAGGAAGGAGAGGGAGAGGAGGAGGAUUCCCCCAUUAUGGACUCUACAGUAUCCACUGUAACAACCAUGUCAGCAACACUAGCUUUGCAGACUCGCGGAAGUGUAGGACGGCCCCUACGCUGGAUGGAGCAUGUUAAGAUGGAGAGGUUAAGGCAGGUGAAUGGAGCUGUGGCUAGGUUAGGACAUGUGUCCCCAACACUGCCCCCUAAAGGCCAGGCCCUACCUGCCCUCCUAGGAAAGGGUUCAUGCCUUGGUAGGAGUAGUUCUGUGGGGGUCCCCAAGCCUCCUCCAUGUCCUGAGCCAUCCAACACAGAGCUGACAGUGCUAAAUUUGCUGUGUGAGCGCCGCGACAGCAGUGGCAGCAACACCAGCUCGGCCUACCUGAGCAGCAGUCGUCGAUCCUCUGGCAUCUCCCCCUGCUUCUCCAGCCGCCGUUCUAGCCAGGCCUCACAGUCUGAGCACAGCCUCCAUCGGCGUAUUCACAAUCUCAGUGCCACUGACUCUUAUGAUCCUAUAUCUACUGAUGCCUCACGACGCUCCAGUGAAGCCAGCCAAUGUGGAGGUGGAGGAAGUUCAGGUGGGAUGGUAUACAUUGGAAGAGGAGGUAUCGGAGGACAUGGAUUGGAGGCAAGAGGUGGUCUGAACCUCACUCCAGCUCAACACUAUCACCUGAAGGCCAAGUAUGCCGCUGCUACAGGUGGGCCUCCUCCCACACCCUUGCCAAACAUGGAGCACAUGAGACUAAAGACACGUCUGGCUUUGAUGGAAGAUAAACAGAACAUGGGCCAACUUACACUACCACCUCUGGUCAGGCCACGUCGCUGUAGUGAUGGUACGCAUAACUUACAUGGGAGUCAAGCACUGUAUCAACGAAGGGGACUGUACCCCGUUGAAGGUCCAGGGAAUAAUGAUCGAAGAGCUAGUGACCCUGUGCGUACAUGGGAUGCUAGUACUUUUGGCUUGCCACAGUUACAGCGUUUCAGCAGUUUAAAUAACAUGAAUUUUCUGCCCCAUAUUGCUGGUAAUUAUUAUUUAGAUAGAGAAGAUAACAGUCUGAGCUUACAGAACUACAUCUUUCAGAGGAGUCUUCAUUCACCUCCCAGCAUUGUGGAGCAAUCAGCACUUGAGGACUUGGAAAUUCUGCCGGAUGAUUUUGUGCAGUAUCUUCAUUCCCAAGAUCAAAAAUCAGAUCACAGCCAUAACAGUGAUUCCAGUCCCCAUAGAUCCAGUUUUAACCAGGGUACUGCAGAUGUCCAGAACUUCCUCAACCCACAACAGCAACAGGAAGAGUCAGAAGGGGAAAGCAAUAGUAAAGAUAUAAAGCCUAUCCAGUGGAAUGAAGUGACCUCUGGUAGUGCUGAUGUUUCUACUCUCAGGCAGCAGAGGUGCAGAAGAUUGUCAGACCAGAAUGGCAUUGUGAGCAACGCCUUUGGUCGCUUUGGAAACAUGGUUGUGCAGCAACAAAUGCAUACAGAGUUCAUGGAUCAACACUCAACACUUUGUAGAGAUGGUGUCCAACACAUGGCAGGUAUGAACUACAGGUGCAUAUAUCCAGAGCAACAUCAACAUAUUGCAAAGCCAUCCCAACAACAGUCCAGGACGAAUCCAAGCAUUAAGACUGAGUCUUCUUCAACCUGGAAAAUGGAAUCAAGGCGCAACAACUUUGGUCAACCAGACUUCUCUCAAAUCUCUUUGGGCCCCCUCCAUCGUAGCUGUACCCAACAGACAACUAUAACCCAAACCAACCUCACGGAAAAUCAAACAGUAACACAUCAAAUCAGCAGCAAUCUUUUGUUGCAAAGUCCAUCUAACAACAGCUUGUCUCCAGAAACACUACUGCCUCACCAACCCCAACCUCCUAUGACUCAACCACCUGUCAAUAGUGGCAAUAGAAACUUAAAUCACACACAAACCUACUUCAUUCAGCAGGAUAUCAAUGGUCAUAACGCACAUUCAUUCCAGCAGCAAAGUUUGAGAAAUGUAACCAAUCACUCUCUUGUAAAUCAGGUUUCAGGACUGAAGCUUGAUGCAGAUGAUCACAUUCAUUCCAACACUUCUAUCCAGCAACAAAAGCCUGUGUUUAUUGCUGAUUGUUUUCACACGUCCAAAACUUCAUCUUCUCAUAACACAGCACAGUCAGGUCUAAUGGAGUCCUUGAAAGCUGAGACAGAAACACCUUCUGAGGCCCUUCUGUCCCCUGGGAUUGAUCAGGUGACCAGUACAGUAGAAGAAAGUCGAGGUGUCUUAGAUAAUUUUGGUUUAGAUAUUUGUUCCAUCCUUGAGGAUGGUUCUGAGCAGGGUAGUGUGGUGUCUGACAUUAUCAGUCCCAGUUUUUUCCAGGGUCUGUCUGGAACUUUCUCUCAGCUGUCUACUCCUCGUGUUUUAGCUCCAUUUCAUCCAGGAACUAACAACAUGGCUAUCGGUGACAUGAGCUCUCUCCUCACCACCCUCGCAGAAGAAAGCAAAUUUCUGGCUAUUAUGCAGUAAUCUGUGCAAUCCCCGAAAUUGUUGUAGAAAAGACAAAUUUAACAGACUUAUGUAUGUAAUGUAAAGAUGUGGGAUAAGAAAAUAAGUUAUUGCUUUAUACUCAUUAAAAUAGAUUAUUAGGCGAUGUUGACAAAGAGAUGGUACACAAUCUUAAAUCUUUCUCAUCUUCCUAGAGACAUUUCUGGAAUAGAGGCUAUUUUAAAAACCCUUCUUUUAUACUGUUAUAUGACAAUGACAGAUGGAGACACUGGUCUUCUUUUUAUCACUUUGAAUCAGUAUUCUCUGUGUUGUUGAUAUUUUUAUGUUUUGUUGUACAUUAUUGGUACAAGUGCAUGAUCAUUUUCUUAUUAAGUGUAAACAGUGUUCACUUAACUAAGUAGGUUAACUCAUGGUAUUAUGUAUCUUUAUUGUUGAGGGCAUUGCAUACUACAAAGAAUGUGUGAAUAUGCACAGACUUAACUGUCAUCAGGUCUAAACAGGGUUUAAUAUCACUCUUAACAGGCCCAAGUGUCAUAUUUUGAUUAAAAUAUCUAAAUGUAUUUUAAAUGUCUUAUAUCAACAAUGUUGCAAUGAUCAUGUAAGUCUUAAUAAAUUGACCAUUUUUUUUCCCCCAACAUUGCAAAUAAAAUGGACCAUUUUGUUGUGCAAGGGUAUGAUAAGUGUAGCGCAAAAUGCUAGAGUUGAUCAUUUAAUCUCUUUAUUAUAUUUACUGUAUCCUUGUAAAUAAAUGUUUUUCUUCAUUUUUUAUAUUGCAAAAUUUACAUUUUGCAUUAUUUUGAUUAUAUUGUUAGUGACUGGUGUUGGUGUUUAGCAGUGCAUUGACAAAAAGAGAAAAAUCUCAACAUGUUGCUCAUUGCACAAUUUUUUUUAUUUGUGGCCAAAAUAUGUUGAAGCAAUGGUAUCAAGUCAUGUUUAAAUUGAUCCAAAUAUAUUAGUAAUUUUAUUUGUUAUCUGGUUUAUAUCAGUCAGAUGUGUGGUGUUUUUGUUACAGCGGUGCAGUGAAUCUAUAGUGAGAGAGUGUCUGCUUAUCUAUAAAAACCUCUACUUUCCCCAUUUCUGAAUAAGGAAAAUUAUAAACACCAAGACACAUCAAGCUCCACUAGAGCAAAGACACUUUUUAGCAGUAUUAAAACUAAACUACAGUUUCUACAUGCAUAUGUACAGUGUAAUAAUUAGGUUCUGUUUGUUUCUGUAUGGUUUUUUGAAAAUAUGUAGUUGUGCAUCUGAAUAUUUCUUUUGUUUUAAACAUAGAACUGGUAUGACCUAUUACUCUUUGAAAGGACUAGAGGCUUCGAGCUUAAGGUAUGUGCCUUACCAUGUUGUCCAUACAAAAGAGACACUGCCAUUUUUUUUUUAUAGGAAUUGGAGAGAAAUAAGUUGUCUAUUGAAAGAGUCCCGUGACUUCACGUUACAUUGAACAUCACAUUUUGUUGGUAAGGCAUUGAGAAAUGUUGUUUUUUAAUAGUUAUUACAUUGUUUUUAUUCUUGUAAAUACGUAUUCAUUAUGUAGACUAGUUAAGAGUUUAGGUGGCAUCAGGUAUCCUACUCUAUUAAAAAGGAAUCCCUUUGCCCUGUCUUACAUUCAGACGUGAUCAAAAUAGAAUCACGAUGCCUAGCACCCUUAGACUGGGAACAAAGUCUAAAUGCUCUUUUUUUUAUAUCAGAUUACAACAAAUGUUUGUAUGGUUUUAAUAAAACAAUUAAUAAAAUA